CAAUGUCCAUUAAAUGUUAUUCGGUUCUGUGUUAUUCGGUUUCGUGUGUUAUUCUGCUCCUGGCAUGCAAUAGAAAGUGUCAGGAUGGACUUAUCAACUCUAAUUGAAUGUGUAAAAAAUGAAAGUGUCCUCUACGACCAAUCUAACUUUGCGUUCAAAAAUCCCGCCGUCAAGAGUGCAGCUUGGGUUCGGGUUGCCGCUUCGAUGAACGAUUCGCCAGAGAAUUGUGCCGCAGCAUGGAAAUCAGUUCGCGAACGAUAUUCCCGGGAGAAAAGGUAUGCAGAAGGCCGGGAAGGAAACGCAGCAACUGCAUCUCUGAGGAAACCGUGGAGGCAUAUGAAAGCCCUGUCGUUCUUGAAGGAACAUGUAAAAUCGAGAAGAUCACGCACAAAUUUAAAUUUGAGUGACACAGUGCAAAUGCAAAACCUAGUGAGUCCCCUGAGCCCGAACAGUUCACAAAGUUCCUCAUCAACCUCGGAGCAAAAGUUUUGGUAUUCUGAACCAGAAAUAUGUUUGAACGAAUAUGAUAAGGAAGUAUUGCCCGAGUCUCCCGCCGACCGUUCUGUUGGAACUAGGCUACCAAUGGAUAUUAAAUCAAGACAGUCAGUUCCCUCCACCAGUAGCCAGUCGUCGGACUUUAUAGUCGAUGCAAACGACAGAGAAGUAAAACAGUUCCUCGCCUCUGCAACUUCCUCGCCCUUUCUUGAAUCGCCACUGAGGCCCAAGAAAAUAAAACUCCAAGAUGAGACUGCUGUGAUGUUUGGAAACGCCUUGGAGAACAUCUUGGAGCGGACUCAGCAAUCGAGGCAAUCGACAUUGGAGGAUACCGACAGUUUAAUUGCAAAGAACGUCGAGUACUGCCUGAAAACGUUACCCACGAAUGAGCUUAAAAUCAAAUUCCGCAAAAAGUUUAGAAAUCUCAUUGAGGAAUGCGAAGAAACUAUAUUGUUCCACGCACCAACUGGAAAGUGAACUGCGUCUCGCUUUUCAUUCACUCUUUAAAUCAAAGUUCCAAAAUAUUCUGUUCUCCUAGAUAAGGUACCUUAUUAAGUUGAAAAUUACAUUUUAGUUUAGGGCUAGUACUUAUUACUAAAUUUUAUCAUUAACAGUAUUUGUCCGUUAGAUUAGUUUAU